UCAUCUGCGACAACUUUUCAUUAUUUUAAUGCCAUUAAAUAACUCUCAUGUUUUGGGUGUCAUAUUACACCAUCUUAUCUUUAUUAGUGAUAACAAAGAAGUUGUUUCUAAUUGACUCUUGUUUCUAAUUGACUCUUAGUAGCAAGCAUCAUCCACAACUUUAUAUGAAUAUAGUCUGUUAUUUGUUCAUAUUAUUAUUUCGUUGGGUACAUCCUCUCUGUUGAAACUGCAGAAUUGUGACUUGAUGUACAUGGCAGCCGAUCUUGGAGUGCUUGUUUCAGCCAACUUAAUUUGCUUGUCAAACUUGAACUGGAUCUCCUUGUUGCCGUUUUUUGUAAGUAGUUCUUUUUUUUUUCUGAAGAAAAGAAAAAAUCUCAUAUUACCUCCGUUUUAAAAUGAAAUUUCUAAGUACAAAAUCUUUUUUGACAGUAACUUUUAUGUGAGAAGCUGAUUUUAGUUGGAAUUUUUUUCUUCUUUAUUUUGCUAUAUAUAUGGUGCAAAUUUAUGGAACAGAAAUGGUACUUUUACAAAGAAGUGUUCAUUUAGGUUAGUGGAUUGAUUUCGGUUUAGGUGUUUUGGGUCGGUUUGAAAUCAUGUUCUGUGUUUAUAUUGUAAAUCAUUUUUAAAGUCGGGUCAAAUCGAAUUUUAUUACAAAGUCGGAUAAAUUUGAAUCAUCGGGUCUAUUUUGAACACCCAAAUAGUUUUGCCGUUGUAUGAUAUUGUCAACUGAGGUUGUAGACUUUGUAGUUAAAAGGUUUUGCUGUAUUUUGUGGUCACUGUCAGACUGUUUUAUAUUAUUAGAAAAUAUGUAAUACACGUGUCAAAUAUCUGUUGAUUUUAAUUGGAUUUCCAUGUCACUUGAAAAUCCAACAAGGUAGUUCUCUCAUCCAUAAGCAUCAAAUCUUUUAGAUAAGACGAUAAGCCCACGUAGAACCAGAAACUCGACCCUUAGCCUUUGUUUUCUGUUUCAUCCCCCAAACCAAUUUCCCUCUUUUCACUCCUCUAGAGUUAUACCAUGGCAUCUUCUACUUUGAUCACCCCAACCUCCAAGCUCAAACUCCUUUCCUUGACCCCGAUCAAGUCUAAACUCGCCACCACUACUACCAGCGCGGCUGCUCAACCAUCCCCUACCUCUGGUGCCGCCAUCCUCACUCGAAGACAGCUCACCAUCACCGUGCUCACUGCCACCCUUGUGUCGCCUCUUAUUGCUCCCACCGCCAAUGCUGAAUCGAACGAUGAGUACGUGAAGGAGACACAAGAAGUGAUCACCAAGGUAAGGACUACACUCACCAAGAACAAAACUGACCCUGAUGUAGCAGAUGCUGUAGCAGAUCUUAGAGCCACUUCUAACUCAUGGGUGGCUAAGUAUAGAAGAGAGAAAUCUCUUCUUGGGAAACCGUCUUUUAGAGAUAUGUACUCCGCUCUUAAUGCUGUUUCUGGUCAUUACAUCAGUUUUGGGCCCACUGCUCCUAUUCCUGCCAAGAGGAAAGCUAGGAUCUUAGAGGAGAUGGACUCUGCUGAAAAGUCUUUGCUUAGAGGAAGAUAAACAUCUUUUUUUCAUUUUCCCUCUCUUGUGUAUUUAUAAAUUUAUCUUAUUAUGUAAUGAGGAUUUACUUUUGAAAAUUAUUAAAGAGAGAAAUGGUUGGUAAGCAUGGAUUCUUGUAAUUAGACCAAUGUAGUCUAUAUGGGUUUUGCAUAAUCUAAAACAUAAUACAAAGUCUAUCUAGCAUUCUUUUUCUUGUACA